AUGUCCGUUAAACAGUAUACCAAUGAUACCAGUAAUGGGACAUUACACAACCACCGUCAUGGUCACCGCCCAAUGUCCGCUCGUCUCACAAUCCAUUAUCGUGAAAGAACUAAUAAUGAUAAUAAUAAUGUGAGAACAUCGUCUUCUGCAUCUUCUUUCUCUUCAUAUUCUUCCUUCUCAUCAUCCUCCUCCGGUUCCAUCUCUUCCCAGGAAUUAUUCAACGCUGACCGUGAGUCAAAUGCCAAGUCCCAACCUUUCAAAGUGGUCAAAACAGUACUUAAUAUAAGUCCCUCGCAAUAUAAUAGUGAUGAAAAUAAUAACACUGACACUUAUAACGAUAAUGGCUCUACUAUUAUGCUCAUAAAUAACCCUCAGGAUUAUAAAUACCAAGAAAAUAAAUCAAGAUCACCUUCCCCAUUUAAAGUACAUGACGGUAAUAAAAAUAAUGAUAGCGAUAAUAGUGACGAUUCUUUGAAUCUUCUAGACCUAUAUCAAUGCAUUUCAACCAAACAACCGCAUCUGGAAAAUUCACAGUUUAUUGCGAGACGAUUUAGUGCUCCACAUAUUCCCGUAGCAAAGUCUCAACAACAUCAAAAUAAUGAAGUCCAACGUGUAGCUACUUUUGCUGCAGAUGAAGACGAAAGCAUUGCAUAUAUUCCCAGAGUUCGUAUACCCCAUAGUCAACAGAACCAGUUCUACGACCUAGAUUUAAAUUGUCCCUGUAAUAGACAUCAUCAUAGAAGAAACUCAAUUGCUGUAAAAUUUAAUAAAGCACUGUACAAAAAAUAUUAA